AGUUUGUGCUCUGGUGGAGUUCUUUCGGGACACCACCAACACUUUCCACUUUCCUUGGGGUGAGAUGAUGAUCACUCCUACCGACUUCAGUCUCAUCACAAGACUGGAGUUUAGUUCUGUGCCAUUGUCGUUCGACAGUGGGAUCGACGUCUUUUCCCCUUAGGUCGAGGAGCUGUUGGGUCCGAUUGCUGUUCGGGCUUAAGCUGAGGCAGUGUCGUCUUAGUUCAGCGCUAGGGGGAUUCGCUGCUCGACUCUAGCAGCGGCUCUGGACGAUGGUGCGACCACCCGAGAGCAGCGGGUGCGCAUCUUUGCACUUAUUUUGUUGUCAGGGACGUUCUCCCCUGACAAGGGUAGUAGGGCACUGCUUAACUACCUUCCCGCCGCCCGCGAUCUGCACUGGAUCGGGACUUAUGACUGGCCAGCUUGGCUUAUGCUGAUUUCAUUCGAGCGCUGAGGGAUUCGUGUCGACACUGGUCCUUUGGGACGAAUGUUGCUUUGUCCAGCUUUUGGAGGGUCGUAGAGAUCUGGUUCUACGAGUACUUCCCUUCUGCAGCGCCGGCGAGACCGUCGCCGCGCAGGUUUCCGUUUAGCAUUUCCUGGGGCAGCCGCCGUGUGGGGAUGUCCACUGCAUAUGUCCGAGAUUGGAUCAUCUCGGAGCCUGAGGUGCUGUAUCAACCGUGGGUCGACCUGGCAGUCCCUGGGUUAGCCGCGCAGUAUUCUGCUGAGUGUCGCUAUUUCUUGGGGACCUAUGGAGCGACUGCGUACCUCGGAGAGAGGGUUGCUAGACAACAUUCCUCCGAUACCUUUGUCGUUCCUGCUUCUCCACCACGUCAUAUGUUUAACGCCGCGAGGUUGUUGAGCAUGUCAGAGGGAGCUAGUACCCCUUGGCGAUCUUACACGAUCCCUAGGCGAUGCUAUGUGGAGAAGCUACUGUCGUUGUUAGCUCCAGUUCUUGUAUUGGCUGAGGAUGUGGCGGACGAUGCUGCUGAGUUCGUGCACCCCGUAUGUCUAUCCAUUAUCAGGGGACAUAUGGGCCGAUUGAGGAGAUGAUUCCUCCGGCUUCUAAGGACGAGCGCUUUUUAGAGCGGUCGAUUCCUCGUCACCAGACUCGGUUCUUGUGCGAGGUGGUUUCGGCGAUGGCACGAUGUAUAGAUGCAUUCCGAAGCCAGC